ACACGCACACAUUAGGAAACCUGAGCAAACUUCUCCCUCCUCUCUUUGAGGGUUGCUAUAUAAGGGCGAGCUGCCUCCAGGACUCUCUGCUCUGCUGACCUGGAGACCCGCCGUCCAACAUGCAGACUCUGCUCCUUGUGUCGCUGCUCGGAUGCUUCGCCGCUGUGUUUGCGGAAACAAAGGUGAAAUGGUGCGUCAAGUCGGACAAAGAAUUUGAGAAAUGCCAGGCCCUCUCAGCCAUCAAUCCUGUGUUUACCUGUGUGAAGAAAGCAAACACCCUCGACUGCAUCAUUGCAAUAAAGGAUGCUACUGCAGAUGCCAUCACUUUGGAUGGAGGGGACAUCUACACAGCUGGACUGAAACCCUACGAGCUGCAUCCCAUUAUUGCUGAGGACUACGGCGAGAGCUCUUCGGAAACCUGUUACUACGCUGUUGCUGUGGUGAAGAAGGGCACUGACUUUAAAUUUAACCAGCUCAACGGGAAGAAAUCCUGCCACACUGGUUUGGGGAAAUCUGCAGGCUGGAACAUCCCCAUAGGAACUCUGCUGUCCAUGAAUUACAUUACGUGGGACGGCAUUGAAAACGAGCCUGUGGAGAAGGCUGUGAGCAGAUUCUUUGUGGAAAGCUGUGCCCCCGGAGCUACACGUGACUCCUCACUGUGUAAACUGUGCAAAGGAGACUGCUCCAGGUCCCACAAUGAGCCUUACUACGACUACGCCGGCGCCUUCCAGUGUCUGAAGGACGGCAAGGGAGACGUGGCCUUUGUGAAGCAUCUCACUGUACCUGCCGACGAAAAGGCCAACUACGAGCUGCUGUGCAAGGAUAACACCAGAGCACCUAUCGACAGCUACAAAACCUGCCACCUGGCCAGAGUACCAGCUCAUGCUGUUGUCACACGCAAGGACAAAGUGUUGUCUGACUUGAUCUGGACUAGCCUCAACAGUACAGUGGGCUUUAACCUCUUCUCCUCUGAAGCCUAUGCACCUUCUAAAAACCUGAUGUUCAAGGACUCAGCAACAAGGCUGUUGCGGCUGCCGGAAAUUACAGAUUUCUUCCUGUAUCUGGGCGCUGAGUACACAAGCAUCGCCCAUUCCCUGAAGAAAGUGGCCACAGAGUCUACAUCCACUGCUCUUAAAUGGUGUGCUGUGGGCCACGCUGAGACAACGAAGUGUGACACUUGGAGCGCUUUCAGUACGGUUGAGGGUAGUGAAGCCGCCAUUGAGUGCGAGAGUGCGCCAACAGUUGAAGACUGCAUGAAAAAGAUUAUGCGUCAAGAGGCUGAUGCAAUGGCAGUGGAUGGAGGACAGGUGUACACAGCUGGGAAGUGUCGUCUGGUUCCUGCUAUGGUGGAGCAGUAUGAUAAUGCGCUGUGCAGCACCCCCGGAGCCGCAGCCUCCUCUUACUAUGCUGUUGCUGUGGUAAAGGAGAGCUCUGGGUUGACCUGGGAAACCCUUAAGGGAAAGAGGUCUUGCCACACAGGCGUGGGCAGAACUGCUGGCUGGAACAUCCCCAUGGGCCAUAUUCACAAUCAGACUAACGACUGUGAUUUCAGCAAGUUCUUCGUUUCCGGCUGUGCCCCCGGAUCAGACCAGAACUCUUCAUUCUGCAAACAGUGUGGCGGCAGCGAAACACCAACAGUGGGAGAUAAUUCCAAAUGCAGAGCCAGCGCUGAGGAGAAGUACUAUGGCUAUGCUGGAGCAUUUAGAUGUCUGGUUGAAGGUGCCGGUGAUGUUGCUUUCGUCAAACACACAACUGUUCCAGAAAACAGUCGUACUGGCCAAACUGCACCAGAAUGGGCCAAGCCUGUGAACCCUGAUGAAUACCGGCUGAUCUGCCCUGGGAAGGAUCGAGUGCCAAUCAGUGAAUAUGCAUCUUGCCACCUGGCUCAAGUGCCUGCCCAUGCUGUGGUGACUCGCCCGGAUAAAUACAACGACGUUGUUAGCGUUCUCCUGGACCAGCAGUCCAAGUUUGGUCCCGAUUCCAGUGCCCAAUUUAAGAUGUUCGAGUCACCAAAUGGAAAGAACCUCCUCUUCAAGGACUCCACUAGGUGUCUGCAGCAGGUUCCAGCUGGGACAUCGUAUGAAUCAUUUUUGGGAAAAUAUUACAUGAAUGCCAUGAAGUCACUCAGACAGUGCAGUAAAUCCACUCCAGAUCUGGAGACAGCUUGCACUUUUCAUUCAUGCCAGCAAAAAAACUAGAGGCAACCAUGGACCAUGUGGUGCCUAAUUCUGCUCGCAUUGAUUCCAGCGCCUUACCAACACUUGCCACACUCAAUCAAAAAAUCGCAUUGUGCAUUUUCUUACUGAUCUUGUUGUAGACCUGUUGUUUUUUUAGAAGUACAAUCAACAAACAGAUACAUUGCACUACCAAAACUUUCAAAUCAAAUCAACCACUGUUUUCAUGCUGUUUAGACAUAAUGUAACAUUUCCUGUGUUAUUGGAUCAACUAUGUUUGUCAACAUGUGCCAGACUUUUCUCAAAUAAAACCUUUUUAAUGCUC